CUGGUAACUUUGUUGAAAGAGAAGACAAUGUGUUUGAGGAAAUUGAAGUUGACGAAGGUAAAGUUUUAGUGGGAAACGAAAAGACUGUGUUAGAGGAAAAUGAUGUGAUUGUGUUAGAUGAUAGUGAAGAAGAAAAUAAGGAGGUACAAGUAAUAUCUGUAGCAGAUGAAGCACCCAUAGCACAUAAAGAGAUCAAAGUUUACACUUCGCAAUCUACAACUCCUGAUCAAAGGCGAGCGCUUCUCUUCAAUGUUGGUGAACCAUUUGAACAUAAUCAUUCAAGUGGUCGAAAGGAAGGAAUUCCUGCUAAAAAAUGGCGAAAAACAAAGCGUUCAGAAGCAGUGCAGAAAUUAGUUGAGAAAGAAGUGACCAAAAACUACUCACUAUUUGCUAUUACGAGUGCAAUUAAAGACUAUGCGACUAGGAUAUUGGAUCUGAGCUUGAGUGUUAAGGAGCUAAAACAUGCUAAAGUUACAAACAUUAAAUACAAAGUUUGUGAGGUUCAAAAUGACUAUUUAAGUAGUAAUAAAAAUAAAAAAUCUGAUAUAGAAGAAAGUAUUCUUUUUUUGAAAAACUAG